UAAGGCCAAAAAAACUUUUCAGCUUGUUCUCUUCUCAUUCCCAAUUUUCCUUUUUCUUCACUUCUGUCCUUUUGGUCUCAUUUAGUAAACAUAAUAUACAACACAUACACAGACAGUGUGUUUUUCUUUUGGAAAAAAAAAAUAAAAAAAAUGGAGGUAGAGAGAAAAUCAAAGUUUCAUAGGAUUUGUGUAUUUUGUGGAAGCAGUUCUGGGAAAAAGCCUAGCUAUCAAGAAGCUGCUAUUGAUUUAGGCAAAGAACUGGUGGAGAGAAGGAUUGAUUUAGUGUAUGGAGGUGGAAGCGUGGGCCUCAUGGGUCUUGUUUCUCAGGCUGUUCAUGAUGGCGGUCGCCAUGUUCUCGGAGUGAUUCCAAAGACUCUCAUGCCAAGAGAGUUAACUGGCGGAACUAUUGGAGAAGUGAGAGCAGUGUCUGGUAUGCACCAAAGGAAAGCUGAAAUGGCCCGGCAAGCUGACGCUUUCAUCGCCCUCCCUGGUGGCUAUGGUACCCUUGAAGAACUUCUUGAAGUCAUCACAUGGGCUCAGCUUGGGAUCCAUCAGAAACCAGUGGGGCUGUUGAAUGUUGAGGGUUACUAUAAUUCGUUAUUGUCUUUUAUCGAUAAGGCUGUUGAUGAAGGCUUUGUUUCUCCAAUUGCACGUCGCAUAAUCGUGUCUGCUCCAACAGCCAAAGAAUUGAUCAGAGAACUUGAGGAACAUGUACCAGAGAAGGAUGAAAUCAUAUCGAAAUUGAUAUGGGAGGAUGAAAUUCAAAGAUGUAAUUAUACGCCCGAAUCCUGUGUUCCUACGUAAAAUGUGUAUUUUUUUCUUAAUUAUAUAUUGUCUUUUGCUUCUCGUCGAUUUAGAAAUUUCAGUAUACAUAUACAAAUCUGGAAAAAAAGAAAGAAAAAGUAACAGUUUUUGUGGAUCUGUGAAGGUUCAUUUUGUUCAAGGCAUUAUGCUUUUGAAGCAUCAGUUUUUGUGGAUCUGUGAAGAUCUAUUUUGUUCAGGCAUUAUGCUUUUGACGUGUUUACUAGUAUGUCCUUUUUAUUGUAAAGCCAUUGGUGUUCCUACUUAAAAUUGUGUCAGAUUUCC